AAGGGGCCGGAAGUCUCUGUCUGCCGGGUGUUGCUGCUUUUGUCUCUUGGAGGCAGUGCACCCCUGAGCUGCACUUGUUACCUGAGCACGAAGGGACAAGCAGUUCAGCCCUUUUCUGUGCUGGCUGGAUUUGCUUGUAUUUGUUCCUAGUCACUGCUCAUGUAAUGCACUCCCUUAACCAGGAAAUUAAAGCAUUCUCCCGGAAUAAUCUCAGGAAGCAAUGCACCAGGGUGACAACGCUCACUGGAAAGAAAAUUAUAGAAACAUGGAAAGAUGCCAGAAUUCAUGUGGUGGAAGAAGUAGAGCCGAGCAGUGGGGGUGGUUGUGGUUAUGUGCAGGAUCUUAGCUUGGAUCUGCAAGUUGGCGUUAUUAAGCCAUGGUUGCUCCUGGGGUCACAAGAUGCUGCUCAUGAUCUGGAUAUACUGAAAAAGCACAAGGUGACUCAUAUUCUCAAUGUUGCAUAUGGAGUUGAAAAUGCUUUCCUCAGUGACUUUAUAUAUAAGAGCAUUUCUAUACUGGAUUUGCCUGAAACCAACAUCCUGUCAUAUUUUCCAGAAUGUUUUGAAUUCAUUGAACAAGCAAAAAUGAAGGAUGGAGUGGUUCUUGUUCAUUGUAAUGCAGGGGUUUCCAGGGCAGCUGCAAUUGUGAUAGGCUUCCUGAUGAAUUCUGAAGAAAUCUCAUUUACCAGUGCUUUUACUUUGGUGAAAAAUGCAAGGCCUUCCAUAUGUCCAAAUGCUGGCUUCAUGGAGCAGCUUCGUACAUAUCAAGAGGGCAAAGAAAGCAAUAAGUGUGACAAAAUACAGGAAUUAGAAGGGGGCAACAGUUCAUGAGUUACAUUCUAGCAGAUGAUGGACAACUAGUUUCUGAGUUGGCCUCCAUAACCACUUUUCCCCUAUUUGGGAGAGUAAACUAAUAAAAACUUCCUUUUCUCUUGUUUUUCUUUGAAUGAAAAUGGAGGUCAAUUGAUUGUUCUGAGCUACUGUGUAAAUAAUUUUUUAAAUUAUAUUGUUUUCUUUGGUAUU